AUGAAUAACUCAUCAUUUUAUCUAUCUAUCUAUCUAUCUAUCUAUCUAUCUAUCUAUCUAUCUAUCUAUCUAUCUAUUAUCUAUUUCAGUCUCUUCAUUAUCUAUCACUUUUCUUUAUCUAUCUAUCUAUCUAUCUAUCUAUCUAUCUAUCUAUCUAUCUAUCUAUCUAUCUACAAUUACUUGACUGUAAUUUGUGACUCUGUUUCGACCGUAACUUGUUUGUUUUCUUCAACGUUCCUUUCGUUUAUCAGGACGAAACAAACUGAAUCGUCCCAGACUGUUUGCCAAAGCGACCAUUUCCUCUGGGAUUCCCUCAUCCUUCUUUGCCCCCUUCUACAUUUAAUACUUAUAAUCACUCGAUUCAUAUCUAUCUAUCUAUCUAUCUAUCUAUCUAUCUAUCUAUCUAUCUAUCUAUCUAUCUAUCUCUUUAGAUUUCUAAUCAAUUCAUAUCUAUCUAUCUAUCUAUCUAUCUAUCUAUCUAUCUAUCUAUCUAUCUAUCUAUCUAUCUCUUUAGCACGAUCAUAUGUAUCUAUCUAUCUAUCUAUCUAUCUAUCUAUCUAUCUAUCUAUCUAUCUAUCUAUCUACGUCAGUCUCUCUUCAUUUCUAUCUAUCUAUCUCACCGUUAUAAUCAGAUAUUCGAUGCACUACUAUACUAUACCCUGA